GAGUCCGAAGAAUUGGGCAGAAAGACGAGUGAUUCAGCGCGAGGAGACGAACCGCGGAUUGCUUACGGUUUAUGGUCGAGAAGACACGCACCUGUUGAUUCUCAGGCGCACCCGCGAGUUUCCCGUUUCCGAGGACAAGCAGAGCGCACAAAUGACGGACGCUAUCUUUCCCAACGGCUGCAAGGCCAACGGGGCCGUGGAGAACGGCUACUUUAAAAAGGGCUGCAACCCACUGGCUCAGACUGGCCGCAGUAAGUUGCAGAAUCAGAGGGCCACCCUCAACCAGCAGAUCAUCAAGCAGAUGAGAAUGAGAGCAGGAGCAGAGAAUCUUCUCAAGGCGACGACCAAUAAUAAGGUGCGUGAGAGCGUGCUGCUGGAGCUCAGCUACAUCAACUCUAACCUGCAGCUCCUCAUGGAACAGCUGGAGGGCCUCAACAGCUCCGUGGAGGUCUACCAGAACGUCCAGGAGAGCGCCAGUAUUCCACUGAUUGCCCUGGGUCUUAAAGAGACAAAGGAUGUGGACUUCGCAGUGGCCUUUAAGGACUUCCUCCUUGAGCACUACAGUGAGGAUGGAAAUAACUUUCAAGAUGAGAUCGCUGACCUCAUGGACCAGAGACAGGCGUGUCGUACCCCUAGUCGAAGUGGUGAGGGGAUUGACUUGUUGGCCAACUACUUCAGUCAGCUCGCCCUGAUUGAGAGCAGAUUCUUCGCCCCCAACCGCCAGAUCGGACUCUUCUUCACCUGGUACGACACAUUCACAGGCGUGCCGGUGUGUCAGCAAAAUGUCUCUCUGGAGCGUGCGAGCGUGUUGUUCAACAUGGCUGCCCUCUACACACAGAUUGCCACACGCUGCAACCGACAGACCAACACUGGAUUGCAUGAGGCCAUCACAGCCUUCCAGAGAGCCACAGGCGUGCUUCACCACCUGAAGGAGACGUUCACACACACCCCAAGCUACGACAUGAGUCCGGCCAUGCUGAGCAUGCUGAUGCGCAUGAUGCUGGCCCAGAUCCAGGAGUGUGUGUACGAGAAGAUCGCCCUGCCCGGCAUUCGCAACCACUUCCUCCUGCUGCUCAAGAUGGCCCAGGAGGCCGCCAAGGUGAGUGAGAUGUACGACAUUGCCCAUCAGUCUAUGAUACAGAUGCCAAUCAAAGACAACGUGCCCCUGUUCUGGUCCACCAUGGCCCAGGUCAAGACCAGCCACUACCGCUCACUGGCUCACUACUUUACCGCCACCGCACUCCUCGACCAUCAGGUGAGUCCCAGUGAUGAUGAGGACCAGCAGGAGAAGGCCUUCUCCCAGCUGUACGACGCCAUGCCGGACGGUCAGCCUCCACUGGACAUCCUCAAGAGCCAGAAGGAGCGAGAGCGCAUCGGUAAGGCUCACCUGCGGCGUGCGAUCCUGGAGCACGAGGAGGCGUUGCGGAUCUUCCGUCUGUGCGGGGAGCUGCGACGUCUGGACAUCCUCAACGAAAUCCUGCAGGCCACACACAGACGCUCGCUCGCCAAGUUCACUCUGCACGAGGACGAGGACGAGGACCAGUUCACCGACUACAUGGAGGCUCCCGACAUCAACUCUAAGACGGAGCAGAAGGCGGAGAUGGAGCUCCCAGGGUCCACUAAGGUGAAAGUGACAGACCUUUUCCAUCGGCUGGGCCCACUGUCGGUGUUCUCAGCCAAGCAGCGCUGGACCGCCCCCCGCACCAUCCGGCUUCGCCCUGAGGACCGCGACCUGGGCUUCACGCUGAAGGGCGAAGGCCCUGUCCAGAUCCAGUCUCUUGACCCGCUCUGUCCGGGCGCGGUGGACGGGCUGCGCGAGGGCGACUACCUGGUGGCGGUGGGCGACGUGGACUGCAAGUGGAUGAGCGUGACGGAGGUGAUGCGUCUGCUGCGUGAUGUGGACGAGAGCGGAGUGGACAUCAGUGUGGUCAGCGUGAUGGACAACAGCCUGCCUCUGCCUCCCAAGAGCGCCACCUACUGUGGGGGUCUGCCCAAGACCUACUCCAUGAUCUGCCUGGCCUUCGACGACGAGGACAAGAACCCCAAGUCACGUAAGGUGACCAAGAAGAUGUCCUUCCUGAGCUGGGGCCUGAAGAACAAGCACAAGAGCGCCAGCACUCUGAGCCUGCCCACGGGCGACAGCGCCAACGCCAGCCUGCCCUGGCACAGAGCCAGCCCGCCUUUCCCCAGCUCCUACCACGACCACGACAGCGCACUGUACUAAAGAGAGCUCUCUCUCACACACACACACACAC